UUGUUCUUUUCAUUUUCUGAGAGAAUUUAGGAAAAAACACUGAACUCAAAAGACUCUCCGACUGAUUUCACCGGAGACUCAUCCCGGAGAAUUCGCCGGCGAUUUAGUUGGAAUGCCGUUCUAAAGGUAAUGGAGAGAUUGUAGCAUUGGUAGAGCUGGGUAGCUGCUAUUCUGAAUUGGAGUUAUCUGUACGUCAAAUCGGAGGACUACAUUUGAAAUACUUGGAAAUGUCUUUACAGAAUAAGGGCCUUUGGGUGCUAAAAGACAAUGGUCCUCUAACUGAUGGAGAGAUGGGCGGCGAGACUUCGUUGAGGAUUGAACAGAAGCGUGCUCAUCAAUUUUUUAUGGAUGCUUCUGAAGGGGAGUUAUUCUCCAAUAAGAAACAAGCUCUGCAGUCUGUCAGCGAUAAACCAAUUUCAACACCUGCAAGUCUGAACUUUUCCUUCUGGGGUAAUGCAUUUAAUUCUCAGUCUGCCCCACUUCAUUCUAGUGAUCGAUCACGUGCACCUGAGCCUCUAGGCACAUUCAGCUUUGGCGAUACAAACGUCUUCUCUUCAGGCAAUGAAAAUGUGACAACAGAAAGAAACCGUUUCAUGAAUCUUCUUCAAAAUAAUUCAACUGUGAGUUUAUCAAUGUCUUAUGCUGGGGAAGAUCCUGUUUAUCAGAAUGCUGGAACUAGAGAAGCCAGGGUCAAUCUUGCAAAUGAAUAUACAAGUGGUUAUCCUUUUUCUUUGCGGAACUCUUCAAAUAUUGGAGAAGAUAGCAUAAAUGCUACAGCUGUAGGACUAACAUAUAGUGCUGGAAUUGGAAAUGUCAUUUCAAUGGGGCACGACUUCGCAGAGGGCGAACAAACCGCCACUCCUAUAGGCAAUACAGUCAACAAGGUGAAUGGAAAUCGCAUGCUAAUGGGUCAUCAGUACGGCAGGGGUGACUGCAGUCUGUAUCUUAUGGAUCAAUCAUUUGACAAAGGAAACGGCUAUUACAGAACAGCAAAUCAGCCAUUCAUGGAAAAUGGAAAUUUCACACCAAUACCAUCUUAUGGCAAGGUGCAUGAGAAUUUCAUUUCUAUGUUCCCUUCUUAUAGUAAAGCUAAUGAAAACUUCAUGCCUGUGGGUCUGACUGGUAAUGCAGAGAUUGGUGUUGCCUUUAGGUGCCCAACUCCUGAUAAAGUGGUAGAAGCUGUCAUAUCAACUGGUACUUGCAGCAAAGAAAAUUCAAGCUUCAUAUCAAUGAGUAAGGGUGAAAGAGCCACCAUAUCUUUUGGGGAGAUUCAGCAAGAGCAUGGAGGAAAUAAUCCUUCUGACAAGGUCAUCAGCAGCUAUGAUAUGUUGAUAAGUGAAUCCUCUCUUGAAGCUUCAGAAUCACUGACAGAGAGAAGUACAGUGGAGCACUCUGCAGAUCAAAUUGAGAUUGUUGCUCCAGAAACUACUGUCAGAACAGAAAACAUGUCCAAGCAGAAGGCGCAGAAGACACCUAAGAGUUCCCCGAACAAUUUCCCAUCCAAUGUUAAAAGUCUAUUGUCAACUGGUAUGCUUGAUGGAGUGCCGGUGAAGUAUGUCUCGUGGUCAAGAGAGAAAACUGUUCGAGGAAUUAUUAAAGGGACUGGUUACUUGUGUGGCUGCAAUGACUGCAAGCUGUCCAAGAAUCUAAAUGCUUUUGAAUUUGAGCGUCAUGCUGCUUGCAAGACCAAACAUCCUAACAAUCAUAUUUACUUCGAGAAUGGGAAGACAAUUUAUGCCGUGGUCCAGGAGUUAAAGAAUACCCCUCAGGAAAAGCUGUUUGAAGCAAUUCAAAAUAUCACUGGUUCUCCUAUCAACCAGAAAAAUUUCCAAACUUGGAAAGCUUCCUAUCAAGCUGCUAGUCGUGAGCUUCAGCGUAUCUAUGAAAAAACUGAAGUGGCAAAACCAUCUUGAUUUGCAGACUCUUUUGCUCCUGGUUUUUCUUGAGGUCCACUGAUGGAGCAACUGUACUCUAUUUUUGAAAUUCUGAACAAGUUUUGAUUCUAUAGAUACCCCAGGCAGAUGGUGAUGUAUUAUAUGGGGUUCUAAUUACUGUGACGGCUAAAUAUGCUAUAUAAAAUGUCAACUCUUUUUGGUCUUUAACAUU